CAAACACACACACACACACACACACACACACACACACAUACACUCACACACAGCAAGAAACCACAGGGCCUAUUGGUUUGGGUUUGUCAUCAUCGAGCAGACAAGAACAUUGCAGAAAACUCUAGGCAGAGAGGAAAUGAACUAGGGGGAACCCACGGCAGGGAGGAGGGAAAGAGGGCGGGCGUGGAAGGAGAGAACUGAAGUGCUGGGGCACCGUCAUGGUGAGAGGAUGGAAGAAGUGGCAGUGAAGCAGGGCCCCCUGUAUCUUCUGCAGCAGCAGACUUUUGGAAAGAAAUGGCGCCGGUUUGGGGCUAUGCUGUAUGGAGAGUCAGGCUGCGCCUUGGCCCGGUUGGAGCUCCAGGAGGGCCCUGAGAAGCCACGCCGGGGAGAGGCCGCCAGGAGGGUGAUUCGCCUCAGUGACUGCCUACGGGUGGCUGAGGCUGGCGGGGAGGCCAGCAGCCCCCGGGACACCAGCGCCUUCUUCCUGGAGACCAAGGAACGCCUGUACCUGCUGGCAGCCCCCGCUGCAGAGCGCAGUGACUGGAUGCAGGCCAUCUGCCUCUUGGCCUUCCCUGGCCAGAGGAAGGAGCUGCUGGGGCCGACGAGGAAGGGCAGCUGGCCCUGCAUGGAGGAGAAUGAACUGUACAGCAGCACGACUGCAGCCCCCCGCAAGGAGUUCUCUGUGACCAUGAGACCCACAGAAGCCAGCGAGAGGUGCCGGCUCCGGGGAUCCUAUACCCUGCGGGCUGGAGAGAGUGCACUGGAGCUGUGGGGUGGCCCUGAGCUGGGCACCAAGUUGUAUGAGUGGCCUUACAGGUUCCUGAGGCGCUUUGGGCGGGACAAGGUAACCUUUUCCUUUGAGGCAGGCCGGCGUUGUGUCUCUGGAGAGGGCAAUUUUGAGUUUGAAACUCGGCAAGGCAAUGAGAUCUUCUUGGCUCUGGAAGAGGCCAUCUCUGCCCAGAAGAACAGUGCCCCUCCUGGGCCCCAAACCCAGCCAGCCACAGUCCCUGCGGUGCUGUCCCGGCCAGAAAGCCCCUACUCCCGGCCCCACGACUCACUGCCACCUCCGUCACCAACCACUCCAGUCCCCACCACCCGGCCGCGGGGCCCAGAGGGGGAAUAUGCGGUGCCCUUCGAUGCAGUAGCUCGUAACCUGGGGAAAAGCUUCAGGGGUAUCCUGGCGGUUCCUCCCCAGUCCCCAGUGGACCCUCUGUAUGACAGCAUUGAGGAGCACCCGGCCCCACAGCCCGACCACAUAUACGAUGAGCCCGAGGGAGUGGCUGCCCUAUCCCUGUAUGACAGCCCACAGGAGCCGCAGGGUGAAGCCUGGAGGAGGCAGGCCUCAGCUCACAGGGACACCAGCAGCCUCCAGCACGUCUACCCAGCAGGGCAGGACUUUUCUGCGUCUGGUUGGCCACAGGGAACAGAGUAUGACAAUGUUGUACUUAAGAAAGGCGCUAAGUGAUGGGGGCAGAGGAGAUGUUGACCUUAUCGAAUGCUGGUGCUGAAGCUAUCCUGUGCUCGCUGGGGCGCCGGUCAGAGGCCAGUGUGAAGGAGUGGGAGGACAACCACAGGCCUCCCUUCUAGUUUCUUCAGGUUACUUCUCCUGGCCACUGCACUCCAGGAACUUCCCUCUGCUCCUUCCGGAACACUUGCCUUGGCCUGCCCUAGUCUGGUCUGAGGAAUUGUCCCUCCCAGGGCCUGCUGUGUGAGUCAUCCUCCCAAAGCAGGAAGGGGGCCCUAAAGAGACACACCCUCCUCCUACCCCUUUUCCACUUCCUCUUCUGUCUUUCCUAAAGGAAGCUUGGGCAUUUAGGGCAGAAGACAAAAGGAUGUCAGCAAAUUGCCCUGGUUUCUUGCCUUAUACAGGCAUCUUCCCUGCUGACGUCCCUUCAGGGGACCACCCCGGCUCCAGGCACUGGGACGAUGGCUGCAGCUUUAUGUAGGUUUUAGGCUUCUCUGUGGCAUUAAACACAUCUGGAAUA